UGAGUGAUGAGGCACCUCAAUGCCAUUCCUACCAGGCCAUGCCAUGACCUGACGAGGCGGCGGCGGCGGCGGCGGCUGCCUCACUCGAAAGCCUGGAAACACCUGCACACUCUCAUACAGUAGCUGAAUAAUACAUACCGAGCCUUCCUUGCCUUCCUUGCCUUCCUUGCCUAGAUCUUUAUGCCUUCCCUCCUGCUUGGAUCUUACCUUGCCUGCGGCCCAGCUGAGAAGGUAGUAUACAAAAGAGGCAUUCCGGCAUCAGAAUAGCUACUCUCGAGUCUCGACUGAUUGCAGUCAAAGCAAAGCAGGGCGGCGUCGAUCAUUCACGCUCCGACAAAGACCGCUCUAACCCGCUUCCGGCCUAGCGCUUAAAAUCCAAGCGACUGAGCCCAUCCAUCUUCAGGACCUCAUCGACUUGAUCAUCGACGACUCUCUCUCCCCGCUACAACCACAGCUUCAACCCGCCUUUCUCUCCCCAACGUGUGACCAUUGAUCUCUUGACGCUCACUCUGCAAAGAGGGCCGAGAGAAUCAUCUCACGCUUCGAAUACACGGCCCAGCACCCCGUCUUCAGCCCACGAAGACCCCAAAGACACGUUCACGGUCGGCACCUGCAGCCUGAGACCUCAAUCCUUGGAGCAGCAACUCAGAUAGUUCCUGCCUCCCUACACACCUCCUCGACCACGAGCCCCUUCGUCGAUCGAUAAUCAAUUCCCUCAACAACCAUCUUCGACUCGUGUAUCGGUCCGCCCGAUACCCAGAGUCCAUAGUUCAAGCAAGAUGACUACUAUGGUGAAUCCACCCGCUUCCAAGUCGAAAUCCAAUCCUCUGGAUCUUCGCGUUGGUAACAAGUACCGUAUCGGUCGUAAGAUUGGUAGCGGUUCUUUCGGUGACAUCUACCUCGGAACCAACAUUAUCUCCGGUGAAGAGAUCGCCAUCAAGCUUGAGUCUGUCAAGGCCAAGCACCCUCAACUCGAAUAUGAGGCCCGCGUAUACAAGUCCCUCGCUGGUGGUGUCGGUAUCCCAUUUGUCCGCUGGUUCGGUACCGAGUGCGACUACAAUGCCAUGGUUCUCGAUCUGCUCGGACCCAGUUUGGAGGAUCUCUUCAACUUCUGCAACCGAAAGUUCUCCCUCAAGACCGUCCUUCUCCUUGCCGAUCAGUUGAUCUCCCGUAUCGAAUACAUUCACGCCAAGUCCUUCAUUCAUCGUGAUAUCAAGCCAGACAACUUCUUGAUGGGUAUCGGCAAGCGCGGCAACCAGGUCAAUGUCAUUGAUUUUGGUUUGGCCAAGAAGUACCGUGACCCAAAGACUCACUUCCACAUCCCAUACCGUGAGAACAAGAACUUGACCGGAACUGCUCGUUAUGCUUCCAUCAACACCCACUUGGGCGUCGAGCAAUCCCGUCGUGAUGAUAUGGAGUCUCUUGGAUACGUCAUGCUCUACUUCUGUCGUGGCUCUCUUCCAUGGCAAGGCCUGAAGGCUGCUACCAAGAAGCAGAAGUAUGAUCGUAUCAUGGAGAAGAAGAUGACUACCCCAACCGAAGUCCUUUGUAGAGGCUUCCCCAACGAGUUCGCCAUCUACCUGAACUACACUCGGUCCCUCCGAUUCGACGACAAGCCUGACUACUCCUACCUCCGAAAGAUCUUCCGUGAUCUCUUCGUUCGUGAGGGUUUCCAGUAUGACUAUGUCUUCGAUUGGACCGUGUACAAAUACCAGAAGAAUGCCCAAGCCAUUGCCCAGGCCGCCGGUCAACAACCCGCCCAGGAUGAGGAUGAGAAGCCAGGCCGUACCCGUACCAAUGCCGCCACCGCUGGAGGACCAACCCCACAGCACGCUUCCAGUGCUUCCAAGCCAGGAGCCAUUUCCGGAUCCCGCCGCAAGGUCAUUGAACGUGGUGCCAGUGGUGCUGGUGUAGACACUCCGGAUACCAACAGAGCCGUCGGUGGUAGUGAUAGGAUGCUGCGCUCUGCCUCGAAAGGUGCAGCAACUGGUCCUGGAUAUUCUACUGGUUCUUACCGGCCAAAGCGAGAGGAGCAGACUGGACAGCAAUGGUAUUGAUUCAUUUCCUUGGGCGAUUCUCCUUGACCGGUUUUCGAUACUCGAUUCUCGACUCGCGGUAGUUUCGUCUUGCUUAAUCUCAACUUAUUCGCUGACCAUGCCUGCUCGUCUCGUUGAGACUGGUGGUAUUGGCUCGAUAUCAAACUCUUCUCUUUAUGCUUUUCGUUACGACUUUCGAUUUUAUGGAUUUCACAAUGGCUCGAGCACUUCGAUAUUCGCAUGAUAACUCACUCCGGUGAGCUCUAUCAGCAAUGUCAAGGAAUCGAACGGCAUGCCGAUGUCAUCACAUCCAAAACUUCGGAACAUCAAUGCAACAAAACGGCUUAUUCGAUCAGAACAACAUCACAUCAACAUCGACAUCGCUGGUUACAUUUUGGUCACGAAGCAAGCAGGAACAAGAUCAGACAAGCUCGUUUGCUCAUCCUGACGACAGAGAUCCAUCACUCGUCAGCAUCAGCGUCCAGAGCAGAUCCUCUGUCCCUACCUGAGAACAAUGUUUUGCUCAUGGUUUCUUUCAAAUUUCUUUGUUUCCUUGUGCACUUGACCCUGGGAAAGAGGGGACGUCCGGGGAUGUUAAUUUUGGGGUGAGGUGGAAAUGUUGGCAGAGUUGACAUGGAACACGCGGCAUAUGGCGCCAAUGACAAGCAUUACCAUGGAGGACAACCGGCAUUGAAAUCAAAGGGGAUAGAAAAUAGAGUGCAGCUUCUGGGGAGGUUCUUCUCUUUUCUGCAUGUUUUUAGCUCAUGUUUUUCUGUUUUCGCGCUGGGAUGUGGGGAGGGCCUCGAGGAGGAGGCAAGCAUCCAUGGGGAGGGGAGAGCGCUUCGCCUUAAUGAAUCAUGGCUGCUAAUGAUGAUGUGGUUAGGAGGUCACGGGCUGGGCUACACCGCUUGGUUGUAUUCUUUCUCUCUGCAUUGUACAUAGGCUUUACGCUCACGAUACACGCUUGCAUUAGUCAAUUUGAACAUGGCAACCC